AUGAAUCCCGAAGUAACAAAUUCAUCUCUGUCCUUUUCGUUUUUGUUGGUUCCUAAAGAUAUCAUUAUCAACUGCUUAGCCAGGAUAUCAAGAUCUUACUACCCGAAACUCUCCUUGGUCUGCAAGACCUUUCGCUCUCUCCUCUUAUCCAUUGAGCUCCGCGCAGAGCGGUAUCACCUCAAAACCUAUGAAAGUGUCUUCAAUGUCUGCUUACAGUUAUCCAGUGAUCUUCCUCCAUCCUGGUUUAGUCUCUGGAUAAAUCCUGAACAAACCCUAACCAACGACAUCGGCAAGAAGAAGAAGAAGAAGUCUACCGGAAAUACUCUGUUGGUACCAGCACCCUCUUGCUAUUUACCUCGUACACCGAUGUUCAUUGUCACCGUUGGUUCAGAAUACUAUGCACUCUUCCAAAACAAUCAUCCGUCCCCUGUCUUGUUGGUCUGUGAUAAGGACUUCUUCUGGCGUGAAGGCCCUAUCAUGACUGUAGCUCGAGAGAGAGCGGUUAUGGGCGUUCUAGAUGGGAAAAUAUAUGUAAUGGGAGGUUGUGAGGCUAACGAGACCGCGAAUUGGGCCGAGGUUUUCGACCUGAAGUCUCAAACUUGGGAGCCUUUACCUGACCCUGGCGCCGAGAUACGCUUCUCUAGGAUCAAAACAAUAGAGGGGUUCCAAGGAAAGCUUUACCUUAGAUGCAAUGAGGAGAAAGACUAUGUUUAUGAUACGAAACAAGAAUGGAGAGUGAUCAGAGGCUUGGCUAUGUUGAAUGGGAGCCGUCAUGGUGAUUUUGUUGAAAUAGCAAACUACCAUGGGAAACUAUUAAUCUUAUGGGACAAGUUUGAGCAUCGAGGCCAUUGUCAAUCCAAGAAUAUAUGGUGUACGGUGAUUGCGUGUGAAAGACGCAAUGUUGGUGAUGAUGAUGUUUGGGGAAACAUUGAGUGGGCUAGUGUUGUGCUUACAGUUCCCAGUUCAUACGUUUUCUUGCGUAGUCGAUUGAGUUGUUUUUGA